AUGUCAUCGCCGUGCCUCAGCACUGUUCUGACUCAUGCUAACCUAACCAUGUAUCAGACUGGUUUGCCAGAUGUGCUGCAACAGCAGGCCACUAUGCUUUCCAGCGUCAGUCCUCUGCAAAUCAGCAAUCCAGCAUACAGUUCCAACAUAGGUGGUCAGGGGUACAGGCAGAUCAGCCCUAAUUACUGGACAGCAGAUCAUGUGUUGGAGUGGAUCAGUGACCAAGUAGAGAGCACCAAGUUCGAUGCAAACACCCUUAGUCUGGCAAACUGUGCCAUGGAUGGCUCCGCCCUUUGCCAGAUGAACCGGGAGCAGAUGAUUGGGAUCUUUGGUGUGCAGCUUGGCCCACACCUCUAUCAGAGUCUACAGGAACACAAGACCAAAAUGCCUGAGAUGCAGAUGUUAUCAGGACAAGAACUGAACGAGACCUGUCAGCUCUUGGACAACUUCUUGGACAACCUUGGACAAAACUUUCCUCUACUCAGCACAAUUAAAAUUGGUCAAGCUGAAGAAGCUGUCAACAAAAGAGAAUUUGACUAUCAGGAUGACUAUGAUCUGACUACUCUGACCAUGGAACCAAUGACACCACUGAGAGAUACUGGCUACCUGUCUGAUAAUCAUUCUGACAGCGAGUACAGCUCCUCCUCCAACACUGGCAUGUUUGGCUUUCCAAGCAUCGGUUCACCAGAGUCUGGCAGCAGCGAAUCUGACCCCGAGUUCUCUUACCCUCCGAUUUCAAAAGUGUACAUCAAGCCAGAGAAAGGAGAGUCCCGACUGAAACGACCACGGGGGCGACCUCCUAAAGUCAGCAGAGAGCACAGCAGCAACAUAUAUGACAAUCCAAAGAAAAACAAACAUGCACCUCGUGGCACUCACCUGUGGGAAUUCAUCAGAGACAUUCUGAUCCAUCCAGAAAAGAAUCAGGGCCUAAUGAAAUGGGAGGACCGCCGUGAGGGUGUCUUUAAGUUCCUCAAAUCUGAGGCUGUGGCUCAGAUGUGGGGCCAGAAGAAGAAAAACAGCAGCAUGACAUAUGAAAAGCUCAGCCGUGCAAUGAGGUAUUACUAUAAGAGGGAGAUUCUGGAACGAGUCGAUGGCCGGAGGCUUGUAUACAAGUUUGGAAAAAACUCCAGUGGCUGGAAGAUGGAGGAAAUUGGUAUGGCUAUGUAA